AUGACCAGAAGCCGAAUUUUCAUGACCGGUGCUUCCGGCUAUAUUGGCUCGGUGGUAUUGGAACAGGCAGUGCAGCAAGACUACGAGGUCUACGGGCUAUCACGGAGCAAGGAAAGCGAUGAAAAGAUCCAAGGUCUGGGUGGCAUCCCCGUGCGGGGGGACCUACAGUCCCACCAGGUUUUACGCGAGCAAAGUUCCCAGGCCGAUAUUGUCCUGCAUUUGGCCGACGCAUGGGCCGGCAAUUUUGGGAAAAUGGAAUACGAGGAGGUGGUGCGGAUUGAUGCAGGUGCGGUGGACGCCAUGGGAGAAGGGCUCAAGGGAUCCAAGAAACCGCUGGUAAUCACGUCCGGCACGCUUGUCGUCGCGGCCGACCCAACGGGCAAAGAAACGGAUGAGACAUCGCCCCUGUGGGAUAAACCACUGAACGACCGGAUUAGAUGCGAGCAGCACGCGAUGGGGCUCUGCAGCCAGGGGAUCACCGUCUCGGCCAUUCGACUGCCGCCCUGGGUCUACGGCCGUGGCGGUAGCGGCGUCCGGCUCUUCAUGACCCUGUUCGCCAGCAUGGGCGAGGUGUUUUAUGUGGACGAGGGCGCGGCCCAUACCUCGGUGGUGCAUGUCGAUGACGCGGCUCAGCUGUUCCUGCUGGCGGCACAAAAGGCCCAGGCUGGGGACGUGUUCAACGGGGGCUCUUCCCAUGCCGUGACAACACGAGAACUGGCCACCGCUAUUGCCCAGACGGCCGACCUUCCCCUCGAAUCGCUUCCGUACGAUGAAGUGGUCAGCAAGACGGGGGAGUUCAUGGCCCGUUUUCUUAGUGAGGAGAACCGCGCGUCGGGGAGGAAAGCGAGGGAACAGAUGGGCUGGGAGCCGCAUGGACCGGGUAUCCUCGACGAUAUAUUAUCUGGCUCGUAUCCAGCCGUGGCCCAGGGGCUGAAGAAGGCCAUGGCCUGA